AUGUCAGAGUCAUACACGAUUGAUGUGACCGCAACGCGCGGUACCGAGUUUGAAGACUUUGGUCUCAAGCGCGAGCUGCUGCUCGGCAUCUUCGAAAAGGGCUUUGAAAACCCUUCACCUGUCCAGGAGGAAUGCAUUCCCAACGCUCUCAUGCGCCGUGACAUUCUUGCACGCGCCAAAAACGGUACCGGCAAGACCGGCGCCUACCUCAUUCCCACGCUGCAGCUGGUCGACCCCGCUCUGGCCUGCAUCCAAGCCUUGAUCCUGGUUCCAACCCGUGAGUUGGCCCUGCAAACAGCUUCCAUUGCCAAGGAAUUGGGCAAGCACCUGAAUCUCGAGAUCAUGACCACAACCGGUGGCACCAAUACUCGUGAUGAUAUCCUUCGUCUUGGCCAAACAGUCCACGUUGUCGUGGCCACUGGUGGACGCAUCCUGGACCUGAUAGAGCGCGGUGUCGCACAGAUGGCCCGCUGCAACAUCCUCGUCUUUGAUGAGGCCGACAAGCUCCUCAGCGAGGACAGCCUGGAUACCGUGCAAAAGAUCAUUUCACACCUGCCAGAAAAGAGGCAGACCAUGCUGCUGUCGGCUACCUACCCUGUGGCCGUCCAAGGCUUUACUAAACGCUACCUGAAGAACCCCCAUGUGAUCAACCUGAUGGAGACCCUCACGCUGAAGGGUGUCACUCAAUUUUACGCCUUUUUGGAAGAAAAGGACAAAGUUCGCUGCCUGAACACUCUUUUUGGCAAGCUUCAGAUCAACCAAUCAAUCAUUUUUUGCAGCAGCCACAGCCGUGUGGAGCUUUUGGCCAAGAAAAUCACCAAGCUCGGUUAUUCCUGCUUGUACAUCCACUCACGCAUGGAACAAUCGCACCGCAACACGGUGUUUGAUGCUUUCCGCAAGGGAAAAAGCCGCCAUCUCGUCUGCACGGAUCUGUUCACGCGUGGCAUUGACAUCCAAGCUGUGAACGUGGUUGUCAACUUUGACUUCCCCCGGGAGGCCGAGACGUAUUUGCAUCGCAUUGGCCGCAGUGGUCGCUAUGGCCACCUUGGUUUGGCCAUCAACCUUGUGACGGCUGGCAACCGUGAGGCCUUGCUUCGCAUUGAGCGCGAGCUGGGCACGGCCAUCGCGCCCAUGCCAUCAGUGGUUGACCAAUCCCUCUACGUCGACUCCUCCGUCUCUGAUGCCACCGCGCAAAGUUCCUAAGUCCGCGUACAUUGGUUGACCCGAGGCCGCGCCUCCGGUCACCACCAAACGCCAUCUUUUCUUUUCUUUUUUUUCUUUUUUCCCCCCUUUUCUCUUUUUGUUACUUUGUGUUCGUUUUACUUUGUCGUGCCACUGUCUUUGCUGCUUUGGCAUGCUUGCUUGUUUGUGCAUGUUUACGUGCACAUGCGUAAGUUGUUUCUCUCCUCCCUCUCCCAUCUUUCAUUCACUUCUGCUACCGGGCAAUCUGCUGUGCCAGUAUCCAUGGUGCAUUUGCCUUUUUCCCCGCCACGAUUUUGCGAGUGUUGCUUCCGCUGGCUUGUUUUUUGCUAGUAAACUCCAGCCUUUCCUUGCUUCCUGCUCCACCCUCUUUGUCUUGGCCGACUGUUUCUCAUGGUGUCACACGAUGAGCCAGUUGAUGCAUGGGUUGCUUGAUACAUCCUGGAUUGCUGCUGUGCUCAUCCCAAACUACUGUCUUGCAGCCACAAGGCAACGGGUUUGCUCGCGACUGCUAGUGUUGCUCUGUUGCAUCCUGUUGACCACCUUUUUUUGUUGUGUACCCACAAUGACUUGUCAUGAGUGUGACUGUCAUUUCCUCAACUCUCACUACAGACAGACUGCACGUCCUUUGACUUUUUUUUUUGCUCUUUCUUUCUUCUUCUUUCUUCUUCCCUUCACCUCUACAUUAUCUCUUGCUUCUUGUUUCUCUAUUGCUGCUUCCUGUGAUUAGUGCUGAUCCAUGGCCUGUCAUCAGUGGCUUGCUUGACAUGAAGCGUGAAGGUCUCCCAGGACCUUCAAGCACACUUGUCAUCACACCGCGCAUCGUGUGUUAUGGCGGGUCUGUGUUCCUCCAAACCAACCAACCCGGAUUCGUUUUGCUCCUUCAGCCAACAUUAUUGUUUCUCGAAUGAGAUGUCCCUCGCACUCACGCGAUGGAACAAUUGAGUAAACCCCGGAU